UUGGUCGGGGUGGGCCGGCGGAGGGGCGGAGCCGCGAGCCGUGAGUUAAAUAACUGGAGACGGGAGUUUGUCCCCGAAGUCCAGCGGGGGGAGAAGUCCCGAGAGCUGCGGCAGGUGUCAUUCCAGGUGGUCCUUCUGCUUGCCGACUGGUCCAGAGCCGCCAUGUCCUCAGUGAAGGUGGAGCGUGCCGUCAAUCCGGGCACCCUGCUCGGCGAGGGGCCGGUGUGGGAGGAGUCGGACCAGAAGCUGCUGUUCGUGGACAUCCCGGGCCAGAAGAUCCACCGCUGGAGUCCCUCGACCAAUCAGAUCGAGAGCAUCGCAACAGAGGACACGGUGGGCUUCGCCGUCCCUCGCCGGUCCGGCGGCUACGUGGCCGGCGUGGGUCGCAGCAUCGUGGCCGUCGACUGGUCCACGCAGAAGACCACGGUACUGGCAAAGGUGGACGAGGACAAACCCACCAACCGGCUGAACGAUGGGAAGGUGGAUCCUGUCGGACGGCUGCUUGCAGGCACCAUGUCAAAAGAGGACAAUCCGGUGGAGAAGAAACCAGGAUCUCUGUUUUCUCUCACGUCGGACCACAAGCUGACCAAACUGCUGGGCCAGGUGGACAUCUCCAACGGGAUGGACUGGUCCCUGGAUCAGAAGACCAUGUACUACAUCGACAGUUUGUGUCUGUCCGUCGACGCCUUCGACUACGACAUGGUCACCGGCCAAAUGAGCAACCGCCGUGUGGUGUACCGUCUGAAGGAGGACGAGGGCAUUCCUGACGGGAUGACGAUGGACGCAGACGGACGCCUGUGGGUGGCGUGCUACGACGGAGGACGGGUCCUCAACAUCGAUCCCGCCACCGGCGUGCGGCUGCAGACCAUCUCUCUGCCCGCCACCAAGACCACCUCCGUUUGCUUCGGAGGUCCGGAUUACACCGACCUCUACGUGACCUCCGCCUCUCUGGGUCUCAGCGAAUCGGAGCUCAAGCAGCAGCCGGACGCCGGCGCCACCUUCAAGGUGACGGGACUUGGGGUCAAAGGUCGCCCUGCACAUUCAUUCGCUGGAUGACGAGGCGGAGACUCGAACCGUCAGCAGCCAAUCAGAGCCCACAAACCGUUUAUCAUCCGAACCAAUCGGAGCAAACAGUACUCAAUAAAACACCAUCUGUUGACA